UUUCAAGUUUUAGAUUUAUAAUAAAUACCAGGCUAUGUUUUUUGCUUAAUUAUAGGCUGUAGUUUUGUUUUUUUGAAUCUUUUGAAUCUACAAUUUUGGCCACAUGAGCAAAAGUUUGAUCAUUAUUUCUUCCUGCUGCGUGUUAAGAGGGAUCCCAUCCAUUUAGUAGAACGUUGGAACCGCUCCCAUCUAAAAUCUGAUUUAUCCAACAUGUUUAUUGACCAUUUUAAUAUUUUACAUGUGAACCAAACAUAAUUCUGUCACUUUCAGCAUCUUUAAGAAACUUAGGAAUAUAAAUAAUAGAUUUUUCUUUAUUUCCUGAGGUUCUGACGGUUCUGAUUGAGCCUCUUGCUACUAAAUAUAGCAGUGAGAUAAUUUGACCUACUUGGUGUCUAAUUAUUGAAACUAAUUACAACAGAGGGAAGAUGGAGAUGAACAGACAGGGAGGCCGUCAGCCUUGAACACUGUAAUUAGCUGCUCCACAUUGUCGACACAUUUACCAACUGGAACUGUCCCAGUUUGGCACUGGUGAUGGAGGUGAACCCAAUUAACCACUAAAACUAAUUAUGGAGGACGGAGCUGAAGGACGGGUCAGCUGCUGGUCCAACACUCAGAGUCUAAAGUUUUUAUUUCAGAACCUUAAAGUCCAGUUUGGAUCUGCUUCACCAUCAGCUGAACAGGAAACACAAAACAAUUUAGAGGUAAAUAUUUCUCCUCUUCAGAGACUUGGACUGGAAAACGUUACACCAAGACCAAGAGGUUUCUUUAAAGAUUAUAAAAACUCUUAUUGGAUCCAUUUUAAUCAUCUGCAAUCUGCAACGUCUGUGGAGAAACUGGACACGUUUCAGCUUUUACCACCUUGAAGCCUGGAGUAACAUCAAUACUGCAAAUAAAACAUGACGACAGACCAAAGGAAAUGUAGAGAUACAAUAUAAUAUCAAACAGAUGGAAGCAAAAACAAUAUGAAGGACAAAACAACGAGGAAAAACAAAGAGUGAACAACAGGGAAAUAAAGAGGAGACGUCAACCUCCUGAACUAAAGUAGAAAAUGUUGCAUUAAAUAUUUGAUAGAAUCUACAUAUCCCCAAUAAACAUGUUGAGACUUGGAUUGAAAAAGGCAUUAAAGCAACACAAACCCUCCAAACAUCCAGCUGCUCUAAGAUCUUCAGAGUGACAGAAUAAAACAUGAAGGAUUCAUAAAAUGAGACAUAAUGAGGCCUUUUAUCUCUCAGCUGAUGCAGAACUCGGCUCAUUAUUUUCUGGGUUUCUGCGGAUGGAUUGUCCAGAACACAGAGAAUAAAAGAUAAAACGUUUCACAAACACACACUUCCCCUUCAUCUUCAAAGCAACACGUUCCUGCAGCGGCUGCAGGUAACCUUCAUCACCUGGUGACUCCUGAAGGGCGCAGCAGCGCUGGCGUCCUGCCAGCGUGGCAGGUGUGUGUGUGUGUGUGUGUGGAAGUGAGGGAGGGAGAAAGAGGCUGGGGGCGAACGAGAGAGGGAGAGAGAGAGGAGUGGGAGGAGAGCGGCGUCGCAGCGAGCGGAGCUGCAUUACUGCAGCCGCAGGAGUGUGUGUGAGUGUGUGUGUGUGAGGCUGCGUGGCGUCGUCAUGGUUCUGAUCGGAGCGGCCAUCAAAUCCGUCCUCAGAUUCCUGACCAGGACCACAGGUAGGAGACGCAGCCGUGACGAUGAGGAGGAGCAGAAACUGGCAGGGGACAGGGACAGCAAAUGGUCCGUUCACUACAGUACCCAGAAGCCUCCGCAGGGUCUGCGCUUCAUUCCUGGGAAACGGCGGUCGGGCAGCGCUGAUGACCUGCGAGCUUACAACGGGCUGACUCAGCAUGACCGCUUCAAGCCCCGCCCACCAAGCCCCACCUUUGCUCCAUUGUGUGGUCUGGACCAAUCAGAGGGCGGCGCUCACAGAGGCUGGCGGAGCAGAGGCAGAGCGAUGUCUUCAGCGUCUUCAGAUGAAGAUGAGAAGUUCUUCCUCCCCAACACGCGACCCAUGACCCCACUGGUCCUGAAUCCCAUCAGUCUCACUUCCAGCUGGGAUGAUGGAUCCGACACGGAGCCUCUUCAGCGCCUUCCAACGCCGGAGGAGAAGAUGAGGCAGCAGGCGGAGGCCGUCGCCGCUGAUAUAGUUCCCAUCAACGUAACGGGUGAGAGUUUUGACCGACAGGCCAGUUUUCGGAGAACAAUCUCUAAUGGCGACUCAUUAAAUCGAAGACCUCAUAAACUGAGCCGUCGUAAAACCGUUUCUGUGAUAUCAGACGAUGUCAUCCCCAAGCCUUCGGCUCCAGUGAAUCUGCCUGGCCAGUACUCAACAGUGGGUCGACUUCCUUCCUCAUCCUCCUCCUCACAUCAGCAAAAGAGCAUGGAGGAGGUGAUGGAGGAGAGUCAAAGGGGCAGAAAGGAGGGACCGUCUACCUCCAGGAGAAUCAGAGCCCCAAAGGGUGAAGUCAUGUCCAGCCUCAUGGCCUCCCUCACCUCCUCACCAAAUGUUGGCAAACAGCCCAACUCCUGUCACUCGUCUUCCUCUGAGAUCGACAGCCUCCCCCGUAUUCCUACCAACUCCUCUCUGAGCUCGGAGGUCAGCUUUAACAGCACCACCUACAGGACACUCAGUGCUUCCUCAUCUUACAGCCAGUCGCAGGAUCAGCAAGGUUUCCCAAGUGAUUUCCAGCCGCUGUUGCCCUAUGACUCCAAUACCAGAGUUAUACCCCAGUCUCCUUCUUCCUCAUCGUCUUGUUUUCCUUCUUCUCCUGUCAACUCCUGCAUCUCUGACACCCCCAGCCAAUUGCAAUCGGAGUGGUCUUAUCCCAGUGAUGGGCCUUUAAAUGUCGGCUCCUCUCACUACCUCUCCUCUUCAAGCAUCGCUGAUUCUGUGUCUCAGUUUAGUUACCAUGCUCUGGCUGAUCAGACCAUGACCCAGGAAAAUACCCAGAACUUCUCUGAUGGUGACUCCUGUAGUGGGGAAAGCUGGAGCUACAGACCUCUUUCCCCUGCCUCCAGCAUCCACAGCGGUUUCACUCAGGACACAAGAUGUGUCUCUGAAGAAGGCUGGAACUGUGAACCCCUUCUUUCUUCUGGUCGCUCCACCCCUCUCUGCAUUGACAACACCUCCCUUUGUUCAGAGAAGAUGUCUUCAUCUCCCUUGCUGAACCGGGAGAAAAGGAAGUCCAGCACUUCAGCGUUCUACUCUCGCUCUAUGACACGCAGCAUCUCCCUACGCAAGUCCAAGCGCCCACCUCCCCCACCGCUGCGCUCCGACUCUUUGAGGCGUCGGCCAGGUCGCAGCAAAGCCUCUCGUUCAACAACCAGCCCACGUCCUGACCGGAGCCCCCGUGUGGAUCGCAGCAGCUUGCAUACGCCUAAAUCAUCUCCUCAGACCUUCCCUGACCCCUGGGUGCCCCGGAGUAAUGCAAAACGCCGUCAGAGUGGUCUGAACUGCGGGACAGUCACAACCUUUGAGCCUUUAAGUCCAAACUCGCAAAAGGCAACUACCACUGACUCCGACCCUUCCAGUGCCAACCCAAUGAGCCCCAAACACUGCCAAGCGCUUAACCCUGGAUAUCCAAGUUCAGAGGAUAAAGACCUGAAACUCUCUCUCAACCAUCAACCCGACUCCUCUGUUGCUGGGCUUCAGCGCCUUGCCUCUCCAUCCAGUGGUUACUCCAGCCAGUCCAACACUCCCAGUCCUGGUACUCCAGUCUCUUCCCCCCAGAAUCCUUCCUCUCCUCUUACAGCAAGCCCAGGAGCAUUUUCCCUUCCUCCAACCUCCCCUUUCUUUACUUCAUGCUCUUCAACCUCACCAUUUUCCCCCACAGCCUCUUCCCUCUCCAGGACCAGGUCUCGAGGAAAAGAGAAGCCAAGGCCUCCAGUGCCACAGAGGAAGUCAUCACUUCUCUCUUCCUCAUUUUCCUCCUCCUCCUCUCUCUCCUCCUACACCUCAUCUGACUCCUUAGCCAGGCAAUCACUUCUCACUGGAAUACCUCCUCCUCCACCUCCUCCUCCUCCACUUCCACAGUCCACUCCCCCUGCUUCCAAGUUCUGCCCUCCAACUCCUGAUCUUCCUCCUCCUCCUCCUCCUCCUCCACUCCCACAGUACACCUUUCCAGUCCCUGAGUUUUGCCUUCAUGCUUCUUGUCUUCCACAUCCUCCUCCUCCUCCUCCACCUCCUCUUCCACAGUCUUCUCCUACAAUCCCUGGAUUCUGCCUCCCUAUAUCUCCAGCUAUCACUUCUAUCCCUCCACCUCCUGUACAGUCUUCCUCUUCUUCUCCUCCUUCACCACUUAAAACUCCUUCAAAGCCUGAAUUUUGCUUCCAUGUUCCUCCGUCUCUUACCAAGCCUCCUCCAUUUCCCAAUGGUCUCCCAGCUCUAUCUCUACAUCCUCCCCCUCCUCUACCUAUCCCGACCCGGCCUCCUCCUCCUCCCUACUCCUAUGCUGUGAGGCAGACUUUGCAUCACUCUCUGGCCUCCACAGUACCAUCCCACUUUGAUCCUUUGUCACUCUGCCAACCUUCUCAACCAUCUUUUGAAUUAUCUGACACAGCUGACUCUCCUCCUCUGCCACCUUCACCUCCAUCUCCUGCUCUCCCUGAACCUUCCUCCUUUUCUUUUCUCCCAUCAAGUUUGGGCACAUCUCCAAGGCCCCACUCUCAUCUGAUCACCGCUCAAGCGUUGCAGCGUGUCAAGCUCCGCUCGGUCAAAAAUCAGGCAGUACUGCAAACUGAACAUGACCCAACUGACAGCCAACUUCACCCUGAAGUUAGAGCUAACAGAAGCCAAAGGGAAAAGACUCAACAGGACUGUGAUGUGUUAAAUGAGUCAUUUCUUAAUUGUCUGGCCAAUGCUGAUGCAGAGGUGUCUGGAGCAAAACAAGCUACCUGGAACACAAAUCCAUUAAUAGUCAGUACUGAAGUAAAACAGUCAGAACUUUAUUGCAAAGACCCAAUAAAAAGUGAGAGCAGGAUUUCCACUGCAGAGUCAGGUGAAGCAAAGAUUCAAAGACAACAAGGCAGCUCAGUUAGUCAGAAAGACCAUGACGUUAAGUUUAGCAAAGAAAUCACACAAAAUGUCCGAGUCAAUGGGCAACAGAAUAAAGAUUCUGACAUGUGUCCCCCUGUGGCGAGUGUAAAUGUCUCCAGUCCUGACAGUCCGUGGGUAAAAAUGUGUCCUGAUGAUGGUGACACAUAUUGUAUGAAUAAUAAUAUCCAGAAUCCUCAAUUAGAGCAACUUUCCUCAGAAGCAGACUUUGCAAAGCAUAUAAAAUGUUUGAGAGAAAAUAAGACCAGCAUAACAGAAAAGAUAAACGAAUAUGAAAGAAAUGAAAAGAAUAAAUCAGAAAUACAAAAUAAGACUGAUGUGAAAAACAAUAAUACGGAUCUUCGGUCAAGCAACCCAAGGAAGCUGUACUCCCCAGAGAAACCUGUUCCCCCUAAGAAGCCUGAUCUGGGCAUUCUGGGUCCCUUGACAUCCCCAAAGCCUAGAAGAGGGCCAGGAGGGCCCAAUAGCCCUGGGCGUAUCACAGAGUCCUUUCCUAGACAUAACGCUUCAGAUUCCUUUAACACACAGUCCCAUACAUGUUCAUCUAGCAACAUGCCAUUGCCAAAGCACUUGACAGUCAACUCUGACAAUUCAGAAAUACCAGGAUGCUUGAUGAAGUCAAGAAACUCACCUGUCAGUUCUCCUCAAAGGCAGAAGCCACAGAUUUUCCACAAGAAGCCAGAUCCUUCGUUGACCUCUCCCAAAACAUCCAAACACACUGGAGAGAAACUCAACUGGACUUCAGCAACCGGUGAUACUUUAGAAACUCAGACCACAAUGGAAACCAGAAGCACCUUAGAAACUACAGCUGGUAAUACUUACAACAAAUCCUGCAGCUCAUCACAAAUGGUUGAUGCCUAUGAGACCCAUCACUCUUCAGGGUCCCCAUUAAUGGGGAUGGGCCCCUCAGGAGCCCGUAAAACCACUUCUACCUGGACAGAGGCAAUUCAGCCUGCGGUGGCUGAGCCUGGUUUUGGUAGGAUAAUUGGGACAAGGCAGCAGGAUGAGGAGAUUACCAACCACAGGAGGUUUAUGAAGUCCUCACUUGCUGAAGAUGAGGAAGAGGAGGAGGAGGAAGAUAGACUGGAAGAGAAGGAGAGGAAGAAAACAGUCAUGAUGAUGAUGAUGACGUCAUCCAACAAAAAAGGUAAAUCCAGGAGGGUGAGGAAGAGGCGGCCAGGCCGACAUUUGUUGAUAAUGUCCCAAAAUAUGGAGCCCUCUCCCUCAUCGUCAUCGUCAUCUUCCUCAUCUUCUUCAUCAUCAUCUUCAUCAUCAUCAGAAGAUGAACCAGAUGUGAUAAAAGAAAGGAUCAGCAGGCGAAGGAAAUUCAAAGUGUGCAACCAAGAGACAAGUGACUCUGAAAGCUCGUACACUCUGAUUGGUCAGAGCAGGAUUUCCCUCAGCAGUUUGCUGUCAACUGAGAGCCUGCAGGGGGAGCUAUCACUGCCAGACCUCCUGAUCAAAGAACCAGAUGAAGAGGAGGAGGAACCAGGAAAGGAAGAGCCCCAGCAGAAAGAUGAUGAGGCCAAGGAGGCCAGCAGGUCUUCAGAUGACGAUGUGUUCGUCAACGUUUCGGCGGAUCAGAUGUUGAUCUCUGGUCGUCCUCGAACUACAGAGGAUCUGUUCACCAUCAUCCACAGAUCGAAGAGAAAGAUGCUUGGAAGAAAAGACUUUGGAGAAGUCCCUCUGUCCUCCUCUUCGUCCUCCUCCUCUUCCCCUCUGGAGACUCCCACUGACCCCUGUCUGACCCGGGCAGCAGGGUUCAGGAACCCCAGGUCAGCCAGAAGUGAGAGUUUCAAGGCUCUCCUGCUGAGGAAGGGCAGUCGAGUCGAGGCGUCUUCCAGGAUCUCGGCGGUGGAGCGACUUUGUGUCGGUCAGUUUCCGCCUCCUGCUGACCCUCAGAAGAUGCCUCCUCCUCCCCUGACCUCUGACCCGUUGGAUGAUGGGAGGUCCAGCAGCUUUCUGUCUGUGAACGCCCCUCCUUUAUCUCCCUGUGAGCUCUCCAUGAUGUUUGGCUGGAGGCGCCGGGAUCUGAUGCUGCUCACCUCUUCCUCGCCUGUCCUCGUCUUCUCCUCCUCUCACAUGCGACCUCGCUCCCUCACUCCCCCCUGCUCCAGCAGCCGACGGUUCGCCGGACGCUGCCGCCUCUUCGCCGCCCCCAUGACCGCCAUCUUGGAAGGGGAAGAUGAGGAGGAAGAUGGGGAGAUUUUAGUUGGAAGAGAAUCCAAUCUGAGCAUGGUUGAGGCUUCUUAACCGACACGUUUACAGACAAAAGCAGCUCUGAAGUGUGUGGAUCUACCUGGACUGACUUUGGCUUAGCUGAUUGGACCCAAGCUUCCCACAUAAGCCUAAUUCCAGCCCUUAUGGGUCCCCUCAUGACCAUGGACUGAAUUCCUCCAGAACUUAAACUCAUUAGCCAUGUUUCCAUUAAGUAUUGCAUUAGAAAAUGUUGAUGGAAACAGUCAAAUUCUCCAAUCCACUGGUGGAGCUGAGCCUUACCAGAGGCACCAAACCAGAAACAUUUAAAGUCCAUGCUAGCUAAAAGCCUCUACUUCCUGUUUAUUACAGCCAUGCGUAGCGUCGACCUGGUUGAUGGAAACACAUCAAACUUGCAUCGUCUUUUUUGCGACAUGUGAAAAGUUCACUCAAAAUUCUCCUGACGGAUGGAAACAUCUAAUGUUCAAUUUCAUUUCUUUACUGUCAUUGAUUGUUUUGCACUUUCUGGUGAAAAUUUUGUUUCCUGACAGGAGAUUUUUCUAACUUUAACAAAAUUCUGAUUCAUUUUUUCUCAUAAAGUUUCUAGGUUUUUUUUGUAAUUAUGAUUGAUAACUUAGUUAUAUUUGAAAACUUACCAGUAAAGCAGUGGCUAACUGACAGUUAGCUUGCAGGACAGCGAGUGCAAAGGCUUCGCAGUAUGACCAUUUACCAUUUAACACACUCAAAGCAAUACUCUAAAUAUUUUACAAAUGUAACUUUGCCUCUACAAUCCUGUGAAUUUGAUGUAAAUGGUGAGAAACCCAGUUCUCAGUCGGACUCUUCUCUAGGAACUCUGUUUAAACGUUGGACUUUAUCUACCUGAUUUACUUUUUGAUAUCGUUUGCAGUUUCCACUGAAGUUAGUUUCACUUUUUUCAGAUUUUACUACUGGAUGUUUCUCUUAUCUAGUGAUGAUGUCACACUUUGAAAUCCACAGUUUCAUCUCCAGAUGUGCAGUUUAUCCAUGAGAUAACAGGUUCGCCAACAUUACUCCUGAACUUUUCUUGUUUACAGUAUAAAAGUACAAAGCUGCACAAAGUCAACAACAAUCUUUAAAUACCCAUAUUUAAUAACCUGGAGUCAGGUAGAAACCUAUUGACUGUAAAGGUUUUAUUUCUCUACACUUGGAGACAUAACUCAUAUUUACUAUGAAUGUUUAGUCUUUUUAUACAUCAUGUUUCUAACAGUUACUCUGAACUCCACUAUAACUUUGUUUGGAUUAGGAAAAAAACAUAUUUUUAAGUGAAUUUAAGUGUUUCUGGUUUUAUUUUUGUUUCUUACAGGUUGAGAUAUUUCUUAACCUGCUUUCCUCUGUUGUCAAGACGACUGAAAUGAACGCGGUAAUAUUUGUUUUCUGUAAAUAACUCUGGUUGGCUCUAAUUUCUUAUCUUGUUUUCAUGUUUUUACCUGAUUUCGUAUUUGUAGCAUCUCAAUAAGUAAAAGUCUGUUUGACUCUCCAGAACUAGAGGAAGUAGAAAAAAGACAUUUAAUGGCUAAGAGGAUGUUUGCUGUUCAGUUUGGGGAUCCGUUUGUUUCCUCAGUGUGAAUGUAAAAGCAGGUCGGAUGUAAUAAAUGUUAAAUAAUAAAACAGUUUAGAAAGGAAGAAGCACUGUGAAGUAAUUUAAAGAGAAGGGAACUGAAUGUGUUUAGAAAGAAGAGUUUAUAUGUAAGAAGACAUAUUACUGAAGCAAUAAAGAAAAAACUCUGGAUUCGUCUCAUCA